UCUUGGAGACAACAAUAUCAGUUCGAAAAUGAGGACGAGGCGUUAGUCAAGGCACUUGAGCUUUCCCGUCUGGAGCAACAGGGCAGCCAAAGAGUACAGACACAACCAACAGUUGAGCCGCGUCAGACUGAAUUUCAACGAACCACUCAAGCUUUGGGUCCAGAUUUAAAGAGUACGUUGACGUCGGUUUUUAUGCUUUCUAUGAACCUCCGCACUGUUUAUUUCCGAAUUGUAACCUUAAAUGCCUUAUACUUCAUUUUCCAUUGAUUGAACCAAAUAAGUAAAUUUUAAUCUUCUAAUUUUGACAACCUACAUUUGAUAGAGAAGGGAAUUUGUUUUUAUAAGUGUGGCAGAGUUUCUUAUCAAAUAUGUUCGGCUUUAAAGGGAAAACAGGUCGCAAGUCGCAAGCUGAAACCAAAAGGGCAACUCCACUUUGCCUGCCAAACAACUGUAAAUGGGAUUCGAGCUCAGGCCAGUACAUCAAAACAGGAGAAAUGCGAACCUCACUGUAUGUGGUAGAUGAAGCACUUGAAAACCUCCGGAGGAUUAAAGGUAAACUGUAAACUUACUAAUCAAACUUACAACAUAUUUGCAUGCUAAUCCCGUUAUGGCUGAUGGUCGGCGUGACUAACGUCGUUAAAAAUUGUUUUCUUUAUUAUGUCCAAAAUGGUGCAACUUUUUAACUUUCUCGCUUGAAUUUUACACGAACAAUUCACCAAAGAUGGAUAAGUCACAAUAUGAAACGGAAUAUCUGGAGAUUUCAUAAUUCCUGAGGAGGAAGAAUUAAAUAGAUAUAGCUCAAACAAUCGAACGUUGCGAGGUCAAUUUUCAUUUUUGAGUUUUUUUCCGAUGCUCAUAGUACACACCAACUAUGAAAAGAGAAGAGAAAAUGAAAUGAAAAGAAGGAUGCACUCACCUGUUGGAAUCUGUGAUCUACAAAUGAGUAAACACAUAAAAUUAUGGAAUCGAAGUAUUUGAACCCUAGCUUUUUGUAGCAGACGAGUCCUUUGUGUAAUUCUUGCAAUCAACGAUCAUCUAGGUCCAGUACGUGUGGUGUCUAUCGCCGGGCCAUACAGAAAAGGAAAGUCCUUUGUACUCAGCGAAGCCUUCAAUCAACCACAAGUUUUCCCUCUUGGACAUCACAUGGAACCGGAAACCAUGGGAAUCUGGUUAUGGAUAGUGCCGGACAAGUUCAGGGUUUGCCGGAUCAUUAUUUUGAUUUUCUUUUGUUAUUUAUAAUAAUUUGGCAAGGUAUGAAGAUGUAAUCGACAUAUUUCUCAUUAAGGAUGCUAAAGGCCAGGAAAUCACAAUAGUGCUGCUGUACUCUGAGGGAAUUGACGCAGUAACUGGAGAAGGACUUGAUGAUAACCAGAUCUUCACUUUAACAGUUUUGUUAGCCUCAGUUUUGAUCUACAAUUCACAAAGCGUUCCAACUAGGCGUGAUCUUGAGGGACUGGAGUAUCCUUUCAAAUGCAGUAACAACAACGAGAUGUUUAUUUUAACCAUGAAAGUUUUUUUUAAACUGCAAUCUAAGAUUACAAGUCAGUCAACUAUUUGUGAAGAAGAGAGCCGCUUGAAUAAAGACAACUUGGUGAAUUUUUAAGGCGGGAAUCCAAAAUGGUCAUUGGCUACUCGAACUCAAGACUACCAGAACUGUACAUAUAAGAAUCUGUUACAAUAAAAUAAAUAAUUUUAUAACAAAAUAGACAGCUGUCGGUUUUCCCUCAAAGUGAAAAAUAGUUUUUCCGAUAAUAGCAAUGUUGAGUUCAUUAGAAAUUGAAAAGUGUAAAGCUUGUCUGGAAACAAAUGGGAAUAACCCGUUUUGGCUUAGGGCAACGAUAAAUACUGAUUAACUCGAAGAUCAGGAUCCUGAAGUCAGGCAAAACUCAGUGCAAACACUGAAAUUGGUCCAUUAAUAUUUUUUGUACAAUCUGGACAAUUUUCUUUAAUAAAUAUAGUUUCAUUGUGAAACUAACUAAUCGUAUUGAGGUGCGAUCAACAACAAAGCAUGAGACCGAGAGAAGCCAUCGGGACUAAGAGUAUUUCCAUAAGACCUUUCCUUUCUUCAUAUGGCUACUUAGGGACGUAACACAAGCAAUUCCAGAAGACUGUAGCAAUGUUAAGGACUACUUCUUGAAAAAGGUGAGUUUGGGCAUAACUCCUGAACGAAAUAUUGAAUAUAGUCUGCAGUUCGGAGAGCUAUUAAUUGAUGAGUGAAAGCACAACUUCCACAACUGUCAAAAUAUUGCCUCCUUAGAUUACCUUAUCUAUUGUUAUUUUAUCAAAUAAAACUGUAUAUUUUGUUUUGGAAGGUAUUUAAGGUCCAGGAUUCAUCAGCUGUUGGCCAAGAAAGUCAGAAAGUAGCCGAAAGCAUCUUAAGCUUCUUUCCCGGUUUCGAAGCAUUCACUUUACCUUCUCCCACCGUCGACCCCGAGGCGUUAAAAAGUAUCACUGAAAACAAAAGUCUCAUUAAUCCUUUGUUCAUCAGUGGGUUGGAAGAUUUCAGAAGUUUGGUGAGGCGAAUUCUGCUCCCCAAAAACAGCAUUAACGAUGGAGAACUUGUCACCGGAGAAGGUAAUGGAAGGUUUUGUGCAACCUUUGUUACACUUUACAGUUCCACUCAGACCGUGACUUCGUGCUGAAACAGCCCAGCUCUAACAAUGACGAUGGCAUAUUCUCACCCUGGACUGAAAAUAAGCUUGAAUGGUCCAUGGCUUUGAAACACAUUCAAUUAAUAGUGCACCAUGGCUUUACUCUUUACUCACAAAGCAUGACGCAGAUUAUUGUUAGUGUUAUAUCAGCGCAAGUACAAAUUUAUAGUUCUUAUUUCAUCAGGCCUUGCAGUACUGGUACAGCUCUACGUCCAAGCCAUCAACACGCCUGGUAUGGUCCCGAAUGUUCAGAACGCCUGGGAUCAGUUUGUGGAGGUGAAAUGUUCUGACGCAAUGAAAGAUGCACUUAAUGCUUAUGACACCACCAUGUCAUUACAACUGAAGGAUAAGUUACCGUGUGAUAAUGAUCGACUGCGAAAUGGUCAUGGAAUGGCACUGGAGGACAGUGAAGCCCAUUUCAUGGCGGACACGGCAGGAAUAUCUACAAACACGAUCGAGACGUUUCUGAAAAAUUUGAAGAUUAGGCCUUUAUUCGGGUUGCACGAUCCUUGAUGGAGAUACGUCUGAGAGUAUUUCUUAAUUAUUGCUUGUGCAAUUUAUAACCCAGACUGACAUCUUGUAAAAUCAACUUGCGAAAAAAAAGAUGAAAAAGAAACUUUUUGCUAUUAACGUUUAGAGUCCAUCUAACUCGUAUCCACACUGCAGAUAUGGCUCACGGUACCAAGAAGUGGAGAUUAAUUCACUCAAAGUUUAGGAAAAGUUAUGUCUCAAAAAGAUAAAGAAAAUAGUAAAGCAAGCAAUGCAUUAAGCUUAUUCUUAAACAGGAAACGGUUUUUUUAUGAAGGAGAGAAGUGCUAGCAUUCUUGCCAACUCAUGUUUGCGUUACUUUAAGCUUUUUCCUAGUAAAACAGGUCGAAGAAGCUCAAGGAGGCGUCAAACGAAAUCCUCUCACUUCCCAGUUUAAUAUCCUGUUCUACUGUAUCGUUAUUCUCGAUUUAGGAAUCGUUGAGUGAAAGGUUUCACUUAUGGCAAGAGAAGAAUGCAAAAAUGACCAGAGAAUUCUGCAACAACCUGCUCGCAAUGCUCAAAAAGCAGCAUCUGGACCCAGUAAUACAGCAACUACAGAGAAAAGAGGGAGCCAAGCUUUCCUUUCAUGAGAUUAUUGGAAAAUACAAUCUGAUUAAAGAUGACUACCACAAGUCUGCAAUCGGCGCAAAAGAUGAAAUUGAGGCGGUGUUUUUUGAGUUUCACCCAGUAAGUAAAUUCAGGGCUUAAGUUCUCCUAUAUUCAGUGAUGUUAGUCUCUUCACUCAGUCUUAUCUACAGAUGCAUUCAUCCUUAUGGAUCGUUUGUUCUUUAAAGUCACACACGUAGGUUCUUGGUAGCCUGGCUAUAGAGCACAGAGUUUGGUUCCUGGCUCUCAUUGGUUAGUUUAAAGCCCCGUGCUCGCUUCCUGGUUCUCAUUAGUUAGUUUAAAAGUACAUUGUUCGCUUCUUAGUUCUCAUUGUUAGUUUAAAAGCACAGUUCGCGGAUCGUUCCCGUGUGAUUGCUUAGUAGGCGUCAAUUUCACAGGCUUUUCCAUGGAGUUUUGAGUUUGUUCAUACUCCUAGAAAAAUGCUACUAAUACAUGCAGUAUUGGUCAGUAUUCAUCUAUAUGUUAACGGUUAACAAGCUGGUGAAGAAAAAAAAUCGACGUGGGUUGCACUUGAUUUUGACUUACUGUAUCCAAAGAGAGGAAUCCUACUUUUGAAGUUAAGAUUCUUUGAUUUCUUUUUUUACCGUUUUUUUCUUAAAUGUGUGCUUAUUUGUUGUCUUUCUUGAGGCAUUGAUGAAAGAGCAAGAGCAAUACAUGAGCCUCUUACAACAGCUGAAAGACUACGAUGAAAGACUGACCGAAGAAUUGGCUGCCAAAGCCUUUCAAGAGCAGGAAAAACAAAAGCUUGAGGUAAUGCCCUUAUCAUGCUUUGAAAUUUUCAGAUUUCCACAUUGCUUGACUAAUUAUGAAAUGCUUAUUCGAGAUAACUCUAGAGGAGGAAGUCUAUCAGUAACAGAGUAACUGCAACUUCUUUCCUUCCCUUGUGCUCAGAGUAAUAACUGACGGAUCAAGAAGCCAGAAUUUUAAAAUUAUUUGACCAACCAGGGCACGCCUAUUUCGAUUAAACGCAUGAUCUGACGCAAUCAUUUACCAUUUAUACAGAACAAAUUCGCAUGAUUAUUUGAAAACAUGGAAUAUCAAACUGAUUUCAUUUUUUUUCACCACUUUCGAAUAUCGAAGGAACAGCAACAGCGUUUGCUGCAAGAGAAUCGUCAAGUUAAGAGAGAGGUAAGAAAGACUUCUGUUCAAAACAUAGAUAUUAAUUGAAGUAACAUUUCUUUUUGUUGACGUAGUCGCGUCAAAAGCAAGAUACACAAUGUACGAUAAUCAAUUUUCUCUCUGGUUCAUCACAUGAAUCAACACUUUGUUGCUUAAUCCUUUGGAUUAUUUCUGAGUGUAUUCUCCCUAUUUUCUUGUGGAAGGAAGUGGGAGAGUUUGGCGUAAGAAAACUAACUCGUAACCUUUCGCAAAAAAACUUUGACACUCCAAUAAUGUUGCCAUGUUUAACUUGUUUCAGUAUAGUUGCUCCAGUGAUCAUAGAUAUGCGCGUGUGCUGAUUGUUCGAGGAUUGCGUCAUAUCUCCCAAUAAUCACCUUGCGCGCAAGGGUGCUAAAUUUCAAAUGGCUUGCCCGUGUUUUGUCAACUUUACCCAGGAAGUGAUAAGUGCAAUCGAAAAAAUUCAAUCAUGAUCAUGAAAAGCACAAAAAUGCGGCUGAGUUUGGAGUAACCCUUUCCAAAAGAAAGAUAUGAAGUGUUGCUGAUUGAAUGAGAUAUAUAUCAGUUGAAUUCUAGUGGAAACUGGCUGCGUCUCAGAGGUUUUUCAACAAAAUUCACUUUGCCUUCGACGAAUAAUUAUUAAAUGUUAACCAUUUCGUUUUGGUACACUGUUGUUGAAAUUAUCGUGCAUUUUAUACAGAUGGAAAUGUUAAGCGAAAGGCAAAACGAGGAGAGAAAGAAAUUCCGGGAGCAAAUGGAUAAUGAUCUUCGAGUCCAGAGAGAUCAGAUGAAAAACAUGAUGGACGCAAAUAUGCAACAAGCACAGAGGGAAAGAGAGCAGUUUUUGCAAGAAAAUCAGCAACUCCGAAACCAGUUCCUUGACAUGCAGAAAAUGAACGAGGAAAACAUCAAGAUGAUGAAAAAGCUGUCUAAGUUGGUUGAAAGGCAAGAGGAAGAGAAGAGAAGAGAGGAAGAGAGGAUGGAAAGAACUAAAGCUGCCAUGGAAAAAAAGGAGAAGUUUGAACAGAUGGAAGCAAGGCACAGAGAAGAAAAGGAAAAUCUACGUCGCGAGAUGGAGGAAAAGCUUGAGCAACAACGCCAAGCUUUGACAGAAGAGUACCGAAAGGCUGCUCAGUCUCGAAUGCAAAGGGUGGACGAAAUAGGAAAAAAGUUGGAAGACGUUGAAGAGGAGCUAAAGGAAGUCAAGAAACCAGGCUUUAUUAAACGAGCUGCCGUAAAAGUGAAAGAUGCGAUAGCUACUGGAGCUCGAAAAGUAGUAGAGAAUUGCGUAAUAAUGUAA